CCACUCCAAGUGACACUCUGGUUUCUGGUCCUGAAGUUUUUCUAAUUGCAUGCGGGCGGGCGGCUUUUCUCAUUAUGUCAUUAUCAAUUUCACCUCAUUAUUUUGCAAAUGAAUAUCAUUAUCACACUAUUUUGUACCACAUGGACCAUUCUGCGCAUGCGUAGUAGAAAUAAUGAGAUAGAAAUCCAAUAAUGAGAUAGAAAUCCAAGAAUAAAAUCUGAUGCGGGCGGUGGACCAGAAACCAGAGUAUCACUUGGAGUGGCCUUACAAGCUAGCUUGUACUCUUACAAGAUCUGCAGUAGUCUGGAAACUGUUAAUGUUAUACAAGUAGUCGGAAAAAUAUUCUGAAGAGAUGCAGUGGAUUUUGAAGUCCUCAACAGCAAGAUCCUUUGAAAGAAAAUGGUAUCCAAAAAUCAGACCACCCUACAAACACCCGGAAGAUCUGGAAGAUGAUAUUCCCCUGGUUUUCCAUAAGCCUAGUUGGCAGCUCAGAGCCUGCCUUGCCUCUGUGUUGAUCACCCCUGUCCUCUACCAACUCUACCUCAUUAUGGUCACCAUCAGAUACAUACUCUUCUUACAAACUUUUUCCUCUCCCCCACGUCCUGCUUGCCCUGUGGUUGACUUGAGUUGGACCGGAGUGUUUCCUUGUGAGCUGGGAUGGAGGGGGAGUGCACUGGCCGUUCUCAUUCUGUCAGCUGUGCUUAUCACCUGCUACUCACUCAUCACUGCCUGCUUGGUGAGAUGGAACCCUCGGAAACAAUGGAACAUUCAGUAUUGUACCACAUCAGUUUUUGAUACUCAAGAAAAGCCGACCAAGUUCCAAGUGAGAGUUCAGAGCACUAAUCGGCCCCCCACUCUCAGUCUGUAUAUACUGUUACUGAUAUUCCGCUUACUGUUACAGUCAGGAGAUGUUGAAGCAAACCCUGGACCAACGCUUAGCUCAACUCUGACUAUCGAUGAUUUGUCGUCUGUUUACGGGAAAUUGAUACCAGCUACCAAAAACUGGUUCAACCUGGGACUUACGCUGGGAGUGAGCUAUGACACCCUCAAUAAUAUCAGUGAUAAACAUCGAGACGAUCAAACCUGUCUACUUGAAAUACUAGCUGCUCGCUUGAAGACUGGCCCUCUCACCUAUUCUGAAAUAUGUCAGAGUCUCAGAGCACCUAUAGUUGAACGGAAUGAAGUUGCUGAGGCUAUAGAGGAGGCAUGUACAGGAUUUAAACAACAUUUUGAAGAGGCAAUGAAGGAUGGAUUUGUCACUUUGAAAACUGUUAAUGUUAUUCUAAUGGGACCUGCUGGUAGUGGAAAGACGAGUGUUAAAGAUCUUGUAUUGAAUAACGAAGUAAAGGAAAAACGAAAUAGCACAGGUCCUUUAGAUAGAACCAUCCAGGUCCGAUCAGUAGCAAGUCAUAAUUUUAUGCGCAAAGGCAAAGAAUGGAACGAAAUGACAACCCAAGAUCUGAAGAGUUUACUUUCUCGAGCUAUUUCUCAGUAUAGUUUAAAGGGUGUUGAUAAAAAGAGCAGUACAAGCGCUGCUGAAAAUAUUCAUGAUCACUCAAAAGUAGCAGUAAAGGGUGUUAAUAAAAAGAGUAGUACAAGCGCUGCUGAGAAUAUUCAUGAUCACUCAAAAGCAGCGGUAAACGCUGUAGUUGAUGAUCUUGAGGAAAUAAGUUCAAUAGCAGUCUCAACAAGCGUACGACAUAAAAGCGGCAAAGAAUUAUUUGGUACCAUGACGAUACGUGUUACUGAUAGUGGAGGGCAACCACAGUUUCACGAUAUUGCACCUCUUUUCACACGAGGAACUUCAGCUGGUGUAUACGUAAUGAAGCUCACAGACAAGUUUAACGAUUAUCCCUCUGAUGAGUUCUAUAUAAGAGGACAACAAGUCGGUACUCCUUCCCUCUCACACUUGUCGCACAGGGAAACUAUUCUAAGUCUCAUUCAAUCUCUACUGUCGAUGAACACACAUAAAAAGAAGCCACGAUGUAUAUUUGUGGGCACAUUCAAAGACGCAUUCAAGGAUGAUCCUCCUUCAGUUCUAUCUGCAACCCUCGAGGGAAAAAAUAAAGAACUCCGUGACUUGAUUCCUGAGUGCUUUAGAGCAUACAGCAACACACAAAUGACCCAACAAAUAUUUGCUUUGAAUGCAACAUCUCGAGAUGAAGACACGCAAACUAUUGCACAAGUUAUUCGAAAUGCCGUGGAAGGGUCUCCGUUUUUUGAAGAUAAAGUUCCACUCCGGUGGUUUGCUCUGGAGCUCUCCUUGCAAGAGUUAUGCACUAAAGUUGGGAGACGUAUUCUGACUAUAAGUGAGUGUGUGUCUGUGGCUAAAAAACUACAGCCAGAUACUGAUGACAUAUAUUCUGCUCUUGAAUAUUUCAACAAAAUCUGUAUUGCCCAUUACUAUCCGCAGAAACUGCCUGGAGUUGUCUUUGUAGAUCCCCAGGUACCCCUAGAGAUAAUCAAUGACCUUGUUCAAUAUGCGAUGUCUUUGAGAGGAGGUGGUGAAGAUACUUUACCAACUGCAACUCUAAUGGAUCCUAAGUGGAAGUUGUUCAGAGAUGAUGGCGUCCUAACGCUUGAUAUGCUGGAGUCUGCGCAUUUUAAGGAGCACUUCCUUGUUGGCAUCUUUGUUCCCAAGGAUAUGAUAGAGCUCAUGAAAGAACUUUUAUUGAUAACUCCUUUCACAAAUUCUCUGUUAAGCGAAUCUGCUAACACGUCUCAAUUUUUUAUGCCUGCCCUCCUUAAAUCUAUACCACAAGCUGAGCUGAAAAACUGUUGCAUCCAUGAGCCCUCUGUCGAUCCACUUCUUGUUCGCUUCACCAAUGGCUGUAUUCGAGCUGGGGUAUUCUGCUGCCUGGUGGUGUUCUUAAUGAAAAGACGUGGGUGGGAAAGGUACAGUAAGUUGAGAGAACAAGUGCCUCAAGCAAGAAACUGUAUCAAGCUUAAGUAUCAAAAGAAUCAAUGUUUUGUUACUCUUGUCGAUUCAAACACACACAUAGAAGUUUAUGUGAAAGCUCAAAAAAUUAUUUGUGAAAAUCUCUGUCCAAAAAUCAAAGAAGACAUUUUGGAAGGAAUUAGAGCUUCUCAAGAAGCCCUUCAUUAUUCGAUUGAUGCCCCAGAAAUCUGCUUAUUCUGUCCUUGUAUUCAUGGUGCCAUAACAAGUCAUCAUGCUGAGGUUGAUGUUGACUAUUAUACCUGGAAUUGUUCCGAAAAGCCUGAUGAAUACGAUGGAAAGUUAGAAAAUAAACAUUUGAUUUGGUUCGAAAAGAAAGAUCCUGGCGGAGGUGAACAUCCCAGAAGUCAACAUUUAACUGUAGACAUUAUAGUGAGGGAAGUGGGUAUCAGGAAAGAAGUGCUUGAUCAGCAUUGCUCGUCUGAAGUGUUGGAGGAAAUUGGUCGAGUUCUUCCAAACUGGCUGAAGUAUGCUAAGGUUGGCUUAUAUCUGUAAGAAACGGCUUUGCUA